GCCAUUCCUUACCAAACCUCGCGUGCUUUGCGAAACCGCGCUAUCCAUCUGGCUUCUGCUAAUCUUUGACGCCAUUCCCUUCCAACUUACUCGCAGCGGCACCCGGACCUCCCUCGAACAUCAUCCUCACCACCACCAUCGCCGACUGCUAUCGUCACCCACCGGCACCCUGGGCUCCUCCCUUCUUGCUCGUCCACCGGCCUCGCUUCCUUCAUACUUCUUACAAUGACAUCCCGCUCGUCCGCGCCCAAGGACACCGCCUUUGAUAUGGACGCCCUCUUCGAUUUCAAUGCUGGUACCAGUCAACAAUCUCCCAUCACCGCUCCCGGAAUGAAUCACGACAGCCUCUCGACGUUUGUUCAAGAAGAACAACAGCAGUUCAGUGCACCUAGUCACAACUAUGGCCAAUUCAAACAGCAGGUUGGCAUUCAAUUAUCCAACAUGAACCAGGCCAACGUUCCCGACGGCAUGUUCGACGGCUAUAACUCUGGCUUCGGCGACAUGGACUUCAACGCCGGUUACGGCUACAAUACUGGCUUCGACUUGGACACAGACAUGGGCGUGACAUUCCCUCCUGUCAAUCCCGUCGUACCUGGAUUUUUCCCGACUGGUGCGGAUGCUACACUCGACUUCGUCACCGCGGAACCCCUCGCCAACCAAGACGACUCACAAAACAAUGUCGGCCGACUUUGGCCUGGCAUGCACUUGCAACAGGCCCAACAGGCGGCGAUGGCAAAGGCCGCCCAAGCGCAAGCCCUCCAGCAGCAGAGGUCACAUCGACUAUCAGCCCAACUACCCACGGCUCCGCUCCGCCAAGCCUCGAACAAUCCCCACCCUCAGCCCAGCCAAGCCUCGUCCACGCAGCCAAGCCAAUCGACCGGCAACAAACGAGCGUCAAAUAAUGUAGAGCCGCACGUGGAAGAGAGCAUAUCCCGCCUGCUCAACCAGAUGCGCCAGAAUGGUGGCACUCUUACACCAGAGGAUGGUGAAGGCGGCCUGCUGCCUCACAUUGCUCGGAUGAAAAAGGAUGAGGAGGAAAUGGAUGAAGACGAGCGACUGCUGGCGUCAGAGGAAGGAAAGAAGUUAUCAAGUAAAGAGCGCCGACAAUUGCGGAACAAGGUCUCUGCUCGUGCUUUCCGGUCACGACGAAAGGAAUACAUCACUCAAUUGGAGGGCGAAAUUGCAAUGCGCAGCCAAGAAAUCAAUGCUUUGCGAGUCGAGAAUCAAUCCGUCAUGCAAGAAAACGAGAGAUAUCGCGGCCUGAUUGAGACACUGCUCCGCCAUCCGGCAUUCACUCCUUUCAUCAAUGACAUCAGCAAAGACCCAUCGCUGCUUGGCGUUCCACAAGAACAUGUGCAACAGCACCAACAGCAACAGCAACAACAACAACAACAACAACAAAUACUCGCAUCCAACGCCCCUCUGCCUUCCCAACGACAACAACAAACACCUUCGUCCUCCUCUUCUAACAACCUCAUCCCGCAUCAACCACAACCUCAACAACCUGACAUGAAGCUCGACUUCCUCGAUUUCGACGCUUCCCAACUCCAAAUCCCCACUCCGCAACCCGAGGAGCAACAGCAACACAUCAACCUCGCCACCAUCCCCGAGAACGACUUCAGCAAACUCGAUAUCAACAGCCUCCUGUUCCCUCAGCAUCACCGCAGCAGAGCCGACUCGGGCUUCCAUCGAUCUGCUCGCGAUACUGGCAGCAGCAGCAGCGUCGGUGCCUACGCUGUAACCGAUCUGCCCAUCGGUCCCAGAGAUCUCUUCAUCGAGUCCUCAAGGAAAGACGGUGCGCAGGAAUCCGAUUCGCAACAGCAGCAGCAGUCAUAUGUAGAUUACACCCUCCUCUUCGCGGAAUUGAGUGCCGCGGCGGGAAGGUUGGGGAUGAGAUGUUAGGAUUAGCUGGUUUUGUUGUUGUUGUCGUCACCGAGAGGGUGGGGAUGUGUGUUAAGUGCAUAGCAUGUGGGUUUUUCACGAGAGAUUUCAAUUCACGUGGCUUCUUUUUUCUGGAAUGCAAAAUCCUAUCUUUU